CUUCUUUCCCUUUUUUGCUUUAUCAUAAAAUUUAUUAUUAUAAUAACAACGGAUUUGAAGAAUCUGGAAUAAAUGUAACCUUUCUGACACCAACAAAUAGCGUUCAUCAUGUGCAGCAAGUUGAUUUUGGUCUUUGGUUUUCAUCUGUUUUUCUACACGGGGAUCACAGAUUGUUACUCUGUUCAGACUUGGCCAGGAUCAUCUAUUUCACUGCCUUGUGAACUGAAGAAUGGUCUGUCGAGGCUAAAACUUGAUGGUGGUCUUUCAUGGUACCGUUGCUUUGGCAACAAAUGUGACCAGCUGCUUGGGACUAUUUCAGCUACAGGCAACAUCAUUCAUAUAACAGAAGACAGAAGGAUAUCAAUUUCAAGAGAAUCGACUAAACAGCACAAUUACUCUCUUGCAAUUCGUGAUGUGCGGAAGACUGACCAGGGUUCAUAUCAAUGCUUAAUGUAUGAUGCCAAAGGAAUUGUGUCAAUGCAAACAAUCCUUCUCCAAGUGCUUGAAGCAAAAGAUGUGAAAAUGAACACAGAGCCAGCAGCCUCAUGGAGAUACACCAUCACUCAGCCUUCCUAUACCACAGAGAAGAUGUUGGAGAGAGCGCCACUGUCCCUUACAUUUACAGUCCUUUUGUCCUGUAGCUGUGUUGCCUUGCUGCUUCUCAUCCCCUUUGUUUGUCUUUGCUACCAGUAUAACACACUGCAACAAAGGGUCAUUGCUACACCUGUAAGGCCCGUCCCAGAUGUCCAAGAGGACAUUACUGGCUUUGUGCUACAUGGAGAACACAUCUACUCAGAAAUUCACCUUUCAGACAAUGAAAAUGCCCUCCAAAGGAGUCUUUCAGUGACUGACUAUGAGUACAUCAAUGAAGGUGUGGACUAUGAAAUUUUAAGCAAAGUUACAAGAUCAGUCAAUGAUGUCUACAGCACACUGAGCCAGGGAUUGGAAAAGAGACCUCAUAAUGAGGGUCCGGACGGCUGUAAAGCAUGAUGACUGCUCCACCUUAUAACACCUGCAUUAUACCAGGUUACUAACAGGCAGCUGGCUGGGUUUUUAAAAGGUCUGGGCUGUGUAAGUGAAGGAGAUUUCUGCAUCUGUUAA